CAGGCUUGGGCCCAUUCCAGGAUAAACUUCUUCUGGCCAAGAGAUAAUACAACUUCAAGGUGACAAUCAGAAACGCCUUUUAAAAGCCCUCCUUCUUUGCUGAAGUUGCUGCAGCUUCUCCACUCCACAGCUGGCCAUCUGCCUAUCCCUGUCUGCCAUGUGGGAGCUUCUGGGUCUCCUGCUGCUCAUCCUAGCAUAUUUCUUCUGGCUCAAGACAAAGACAUCUGGUGCCAAGUUCCCCAGGAGCCUUCCAUUCCUGCCUCUGGUGGGCAGUCUGCCGUUUCUCCCCAGACAUGGUCAUAUUCACGACAACUUAUUCAAGCUGCAGAAAAAGUAUGGCCCCAUCUAUUCUCUUCGCCUGGGUACCAGAACCUCGGUGAUCAUCGGUCACUAUCAGCUGGCCAGGGAAAUGCUCAUCAAGAAGGGAAAGGAAUUCUCUGGUCGGCCCCAAAUGGUGACUCUAGGCCUCUUGUCGAACCAAGGAAAAGGUGUCGCCUUUUCUGAUGCUGGUAGCUCCUGGCAGCUGCACCGGAAGCUGGUGUUCAGCACCUUUUCCCUGUUCAGGGAUGACCAGAAACUGGAGAAGAUCAUAUGUCAGGGAGCCAACUCACUGUGUGACUUGAUGCUUACACACAACGAAGAGUCCAUAGAUCCGACUAUGCCCAUCUACCUGUCAGUAAUCAACAUCAUCUGUAUCAUCUGCUUCAACAUCUCUUAUGAGAAAAAGGAUCCGAAACUGGUCAGCAUAUAUAACUUUACAGAGGGUAUCAUGAAUGCCCUGGGCGACAGCAGUCUGGUGGACACAUUCCCAUGGUUGACGAUUUUUCCCAAUAAAGCCUUGGAAAAGCUAAAGGGACAUAUUAAAAGUCGAGACGAAACGCUGGCUGAAAUAUUUAAAAGUUGCAAGGAGAAAUUCAACAGUGAAUCUAUCUCCAGCCUGACAGACCUUCUGAUACAAGCCAAGAUGAAUGCAGACAAUAAUAACACCGGUGAAGGCCAGGACCCAGAUGUGUUAUCAGAUGAGCACAUCCUCAGCACAGUGGGAGACAUCUUUGGGGCGGGCAUAGAGACAAGUAUCUCCACGAUGAAGUGGAUCCUGGCUUUUCUGGUGCACAAUCCUGAGGUGAAGAAGAAGAUCCAGAAGGAGAUUGACCAGUAUAUAGGCUUCAUUCGAACACCAACUCUUAGUGACCGGACUCACCUUCUCAUGUUGGAGGCCACUAUCCGAGAAGUGCUUCGUAUCAGGCCGGUGGCCCCAAUGCUCAUCCCUCACAAGGCUAACGUUGACUCCAGCAUUGGGGAGUUUACUGUCCCCAAGGACAUGCAUGUGAUCAUCAAUCUCUGGGCACUGCAUCACGAUGAGAAUGAAUGGGACCAGCCAGAACGAUUCAUGCCUGAGCGUUUCUUAGAUCCAACAGGAAGCCAUCUCAUUAUACCCACGCCAAGUUACUUGCCCUUCGGAGCUGGUCCCCGAUCCUGCAUCGGAGAGGUUCUGGCCCGUCAGGAGCUCUUUCUCUUCAUGGCCAUGCUGCUCCAGAGGUUUGACAUUGAUGUGUCAGAUGAUAAACAACUGCCCUGCCUGGUGGGUGACCCCAAGGUGGUCUUUAUGAUCAACCCUUUCAAAGUGAAGAUCACGGUACGCCAGGCAUGGAAGGAUGCACAGGCUGAGGUGGCACCUAGAGGCCACAACUAACGCCCCUGCUCCCAUGCCUUGACACCCACAGCACAGUGUUAGAGGUGCUAGUCCCAGCACCUCCUCGCUCCUAUCCCGUUUUCUAGUUGGCAGCAAUGGAGGAUGAGACACAUAAAGAUUUUCCAAUAAA